AUGUGUUUUGAUGAGAAGAAGCUGAUUGGAGUCCAGACUGAAAUCAACCUGAAACCUGUUUUGGGUGGUAUCGACUCACUCCUCACUAAAACAACAACAACAACAACACUCACUUCAAACCAACAAAAAACCAGAAAACCAGAAAACCAAAAACAAACCAAGAAACAAACAAGCAAACAGAUGAGACAUACACCACCAACCGGAGCACGUUCAGGCCUCAGAGCAGGAGGCCAUCUCGGCCAAUCCAUCGUCAAGUUAAUCCUCCUCACCAGCUCAGCAUUCCCUCUCUUCGGCUCCCCGAUCAACCCAAGCAACACCACCUCAACCUCCACCCUCCAAUCCCAAGCCAAUACUCCAAGAUCCUCCAUCUUCCAUGGCACCUACCUCGACGGGGUCAUCGUCCCUCUCCGCCAGCUCGAACGCUCUUCCCCUCAGUUCUGGUGGAUGAUGUCCGUCAUCGUCUUCUUGGUCCUUCUUGGAGGCUGUUUCGCUGGUCUCACUCUAGGUCUCAUGGGUUUAGAUAUCUUAAACUUACGGGUCUUGAGUACCAGCGGAAGCGAAACCGAACAAGUCCAAGCCCAAAAAGUGCUCAAACUACUCGAACGAGGGCGCCAUUGGGUCCUAGUCGUCCUCCUCCUCAGUAACGUCGUCGUCAAUGAAACCUUGCCCAUCUUCCUUGAUACCGUCUUGGGUGGUGGGGCCGCUGCUAUCCUGAUCUCUACUGCCUUAAUCGUCGUAUUUGGGGAGAUCAUUCCACAAUCGAUAUGUGUAAGAUAUGGGCUGUCCAUCGGUGCGAAAUCCGCCCCAUUUGUGCUAGCCUUGAUGUACCUCGAGUUCCCCAUCGCCUACCCAAUCGCCUUGCUCUUGGACUACAUUCUCGGCCAUGAUGAAGGAACGACUUAUCGCAAAGCCGAGCUCAAAACUUUUGUCGGACUGCAUCGUCACAUUGGAACUGACGGCUUGAAUGAAGAUGAAGUAACAAUCAUCUCAGCCGUCCUAGACUUAUCAGGAAAAACCAUUGUGGACAUCAUGACUCCAAUCGAAGAGACGUUCACACUAGGAGAGGAUUCGAUCUUGGAUGAAUCGACGGUCACUGAGCUGGUCAGUCAAGGAUAUUCUCGGGUCCCGAUCCAUCAAGCUGGACAUGAUAGGAACUUUAUUGGCAUGCUCCUUGUCAAACAUUUAAUUAGUUAUGAUCCUGAAGACGCUAAACCGGUCCGAGAUUUUCAAUUGAGUAACUUACCAGAAGGAUCACCCGAGAUGACCUGUUUAGAAGCUUUGAAUUUCUUCCAACAAGGUCGCUCUCAUAUGUUAUUGGUUUCCUCUCAACCUGGUGAACAAGGAGGUGCAUUAGGCGUAGUCAGUCUGGAAGAUGUCAUUGAAGAAAUGAUUGGUGAAGAGAUUAUCGACGAAACCGACCAAUAUGUGGACGUGGCUCAUAAGAUUAAAGUGGUCCGUAAACCGGUGACCAACCGGACAUCAACCCGAGGCUUAGCCCCAUUACUCAAAGGAGUGAUUGAGAAACGACGACAAGGGGAACCAAGGAUCAGUCGAUCAGAGUACGGGGAAGGAGAAGAAUAUGCGAGCGGGGACGGACUGGGCGCGCUUACGGCGACGUCACGACGGGUGCCGCAUCUCUCGUCGGCGGUGGCGAGCAACCGGAGCUCGAUGGACAUGCCCUCGUGGCGGUCGCCGGUGCUAGAUAAGGUCAAGCUGAAGGGCGGCGAGGCCCGUGCGCAACGGGCCGAGUCCGAGUCCAGACGCAGGAAACUCCUGACUAAGAGCUCGUUCCAGGAAACUCAUAGAGCUAUCGAAGAGGACCUGGCGUCGAGCGUCCAUGAGGAUAGCGGGACCGAGAACACCCCCUUGCUCGAUUGAAUCAUCCCCUCCCCCCCUCUCUCUCACUCACUUUCCUACUCCUUUUAUCGUUCAAAUCCUCUUCGUCCUCGACUCCCCAAUUGCGCCAAUGGACGUCAUCUGCCCCAAUCCUCCAAUUUCAACUUUUCUCUUUUCUUUGAGCAGUUCACGGUCUCGUCUUACCAGUCUAUGACUAUCAGAUUACCUUCUCGCUUUGCUUUAUAAUAACCAGAACAACACCAACACAAACCCAAACAAACAAAAAACACUUCGUGGUUCUAUUCUUUAAUUAACUGAAUCCUCUGAUCAGUUUCCCAUCUUUAGAUGUCCUCAUCAGUCAAUCAAUAUCCUCUCUCUCUCUCCUCCUCUUUCUUUCCCUUCCCUUUUUUUUCUUAUUAUAGGAGGAGGAACAGGGGGGCGGGGGGGAGAGAAAGUAGAUAAGGCUUGUCAUGAAAUAAUCAGCCAGUGGGUUUCAUCACGGUGCCGAUGAUGGAUUUUACCGUUCUCCUAUCCACUGACAACUUGAUCAGUGUUUAUUUUUAUUUUCUCUCUCAUUUAGUCCAACUAUAGUUCGAAGUAUAGAGUACCAUUUUUUACAUAUCCCUUAUGAGUUAUCUAUCUAUAUAAAUAUAUAUAUAUAUGUUAGUGUGUGUGUGUGCGUUUGAGGCAUUUCUCUGUUUGAUCUCCUUCUUAUUCGCUUUGUUUUAUUCAUCUUCAUCUUCAUCUGACCUGUCAUGAGCUCCAUCAUCGUACCUCAGCAGAUCCUUAACACACAACCAUCCAAGUUGUCCAUCAAUACUUGCUACCCUUUUCGUUUCGUUUCGUUUCGUUUCUCUCUCUUUUUUUUUAUAAAAAUUCUUCGAAUUGAUUCAUGUCGUGUAUGUAUUAUUAUUAUCCUUCACCUUUAAAUAUAUAAAUAUUUCUACGUAUAUAUGAG